AUGACCCUGUUGGAGGAAGAGUUGGAGCGUGCCGAAGAGCGUCUGAAGAUCGCCACCGAGAAGAUGGAAGAAUCCUCCGCCAACUGUGAUGAAUCCGAACGGUAGGCUUCUGAAGCCGAGAAACCGUGAAGAACCAGCGCCUCAGUCCAGCAGUUUUUGUAAAUCAGUCCGUUUUUGUUGCUAGUCCAGUCCUGUUUUGUCUAUGUUAAUGUCUUGUUGGGUGCAAAGUUGAUGGCUAUUUGAGGUUUUUGGGAAAUUUAGGUAACAAAUGCGGGAGAAUGAUAAAACGUUAAGAAAGAUAACUACAAUUUAAAGUAAAAUAGCCAAAAACAUUGCGCACAACACAAAAAUGCAAAACUUGUCGCUUGUUUUAUGUAAAUUUAUGUUGUUCAGCCAGCGAAAGUCGAUGGAGACCAGAUCGUCACAGGACGAAGAGCGUGCUAACAUCCUUGAAGUUCAAGUAGACGAAGCCAAGGUCAUUGCUGAGGAUGCUGAUCGCAAAUACGAAGAGGUCUGCUUGUGUGCAUUGCUAACAGCUUUCAGUUACUAACAUUUACAUUAAUAUUAGGGUGGCAAGAAAGUCGUUUUUUGAUUUGAAAAUACUUGUAAAUUGACGACAAGACUUUUUGGCAGCUUAAUAUUUUCUUUACUCUAACAUAUUUUAGAUUCUUUUUUCAUAUCUAACGUCUAAAACAAUAUAUUUUGAAAAAAAUCUUACUGUAGAUUACAGUGAUUUUCUAUGCCAUACUUAUGGCUAUAACAUAAUAUCUAAUGGCAUUUUUCUACUACAAUAUGGGUUUCUAUUAACAUUUUUCUCAUAACAAAGGUCAUAUUAACCAUGGUUUGACUUUGCAGUGCUAGAAGAUCGCUCGAGAACAAGGUUGAUGUAAAUGACGAAAGGUGUACACAGCUCGAGGAGAAGCUGCGACAAGCUCAGUCACUGCUACAUCAGACUGAGAACAAGGCGGAUGAGGUACUGUGGUUGUUGUGAGGUGGUUACUGUAGUGCCUAAUGGGCUAGUGAUAUUUGUCUUUGGAGUCACUAUGUCGGUGUAACAGUGGUAUACCUACAUGGUUACUAUUUUGUUACUAUAUACUUGUUCUAUCUUAACUUACAUUCACCUUCUAACCAUGUUGUGACCUUUCGUAUCUUAACAGCAGCUAUUCGUAUCUUGAAUGUUAUGUUUGUUACGGUCAGUUACUGGCGUUCAGGUUCUUCACGAUGGCUACAAUUUUAUUUUAACUAUGGUACGAAAGCAACAUAUGACCAGACGUACUGUUUACUAUAAUAUGGUAUGCAGUACGUUAUAGUAUGUUCCUAGUACUAAAAUCUUUUUUAUGACAAAAUAAUGGUAUAUUACCCUCUGUAGUGCCCGUAAGGUCAUGGAAAACCGCUCACUUCAAGAUGAAGAGCGCGCCAACGAGGUCGAGGGACAACUUAAGGAAGCCCAAUCCUUGGCCGAAGAGGCUGACCGCAAAUACGAUGAGGUGACACUUCUACCUAUCUUGUCUUUGCUUCUCUUACUGUAGUAUCUUACUCUUGAACUGCAGUAUCUUGCUGUUGAACUCUUUUUGCACUUACAGUAAGCUACAUAGUCUACUAUAAGACUAUGUGUUCUUACUACUUACUAUAGUGCUUCUACGACUAGUAUAACAUACCUAAUCAUAGAAAGACACAUAGUAUACUGUAGUAUAACAUACCCUACCAUAGUAAGGUCCACAUUAUAUUGUAGUAUAACACCAACUUCUCUAUAAUAGCUUGUAGUGUCUUCUUUACUCUUGUGCUUCUUUUUACCAUGAUAAAACGUAAUACAUUGUUGUUUAGGUCGCUCGUAAAUUGGCCAUGGUUGAAGCCGACUUGGAGCGUGCUGAAGAGCGUGCCGAAGCCGGAGAAAAGUAAGUUUUUGCCCUUUUAACAUAUAAUAUGACAUUAAAAGUAAUGUAAAGUUUAACAUACCGUAUCAUGAUGUAGGGUAAUGUAAAAUACGACCAUGUGUAGUUUGUUUAUUUUAAAAAAGGAAUUGUCUACUGUAAUAUGAAGAGUAGAAUUUUUAUUGAAGGUAAUGGGUUUAGAAGUAAGAUAUUGGCUUUAAUGGUUAGAUGUUUUACUGUAAGAGCUAUCUAAAGCUAUAACAGCUAGCUAAAUGAUCUAAAGCAAUAUAAAACUAAUAUUAGCUAUUAAAAACUACUAUAAAGAUACCUUUGGUUUCAUAAAACUACUAUUAGUUUGUUCAAUUUAUUCUGAGCCGCCCUUUUUCAAAGAAAAUUUGUGGGUUUAGAUGGCUCAGAAUUAUUUGAACAAUCUAAUAUAAACUUACCUAUUUAUAUCUUUUAAAAGUACUAAAAGAUAGCUAUAACCUUUAAAAACAUUAACCUCAACUCUAUUCUAACCGAGUUUCUUCUCUUACUAUCAUGAAUGACAUUACAGCAAGAUCGUCGAGUUGGAAGAGGAGCUCCGUGUUGUUGGUAACAACUUGAAAUCCUUGGAAUUGUCCGAAGAGAAGGCCUUGGAACGCGAGGAAGCCUACGAAGAACAGAUCCGCCAAUUGGACACCAGACUCAAGGAGGUAUGGGUGUUGAUAUGCAUGUUUAUAUGGUGUAUAUAUUGGCAAGAUUACUCGAGUAACUUGCACGAUAUACACCUUGGUAAUGUGUAGAUGUGUCCAAGAUGUGGUGGUGUUUUGUGUGUGUUUCUACGUACUUUUUGACCAGUUUGUACUGGUAAACGGGUGCUUCUAUUUGUGUUUCUUCUUCUUUUUUAUCUUUUUUUUUUCAUUUUUUUUUAUUUUUUAGCUUUUUCUUAUAUAAUUCUCAUUACUGUAACUUGUAGUUAAUGUAGAAAUGAGUAGUUAGGACAUUUUAUUAUCUAAAAAUGAAUAUUUUAAGCUAAAAGUUAUGUAAAUUUUGAAUAUUAAGCUGUUUGUUACCUAAAAGUAACUAUAAGGGUUUUGUUACCUAAAAAUCGAUAUAUUAAGCUAUUUGUUACUUAAAAUGAGCCUGUAAGCCCAUGUGUAAUAUGUAUGUUUUGUGUAGCAAGAUCGUGGAGCUGGAAGAGGAGUUGCGUGUUGUUGGUAACAACCUGAAGUCGUUGGAAGUGAGCGAAGAGAAGGCGCUCCAACGUGAAGACUCGUACGAGGAACAGAUCAGAACGUUGAGCUCACGUUUGAAGGAGGUACAGAACGUUGCUGGGGCUAUGUCAUUCUUGUUUUACUAUGGCUACAGGGUCUAUUCUAUCUUACUAAAGUUAUAUUUGGUUGUUUUGAUUUACUGGGGCGGUAAAAACAUUCGAUAUGGGACUUGGCUCAUUACUUUUUAUACAACUUAAUAUGUCUGUAAUUGGUAAAGUACUAUGUCAUUACUGAUACUUUUGGCAUCAUUUUUACUUUUUUAUGUUUGUAGGUCCAUGUGUAACUACGAUAUUAUAUGUUUAUGUCCGUCAUUUUAUACUGUCUAUAUGUAACGUCGUUUUGUUAUAAUUGAUCAUACCUUUAAACAAUUUAAAAUUUUAAUUUUUAGGCCGAAACCCGUGCCGAAUUUGCCGAACGUUCAGUCCAGAAACUCCAGAAGGAAGUCGACAGACUGGAAGGUAGGUUACUAUACUUUACGUACUGUACAUUACAGUAAAACCAUUUUUUAGAUUUUACUCAGUAAUUUUUAAAAACUAUACAGUUUUUAUGUUAAAACUUACAGUAAUUUUUGCAAAAUUCUGGAAAAUAUACUGUAUUUUUUGCACUUAAAAAAUUACUGUAAUUUAAAUUCUGGAAACAUUGACGUACAUGUCCGUAUCCAUGUCAUAUACAUUUGUCCUGUCGGUCGAAAACUUUUUUCUCACAUUUCAAAAAACACCCACGCCCUCCGGGCGAGAUCAAGCAAAAGCCGAGGAUUUGAGUUCUGCGGGGGCGACGAAGAAAGGAGCAUUGGGAAGGGAGAGAGUGGGCAGGCAGUUAGAUACAAAAAAGAGAUUCCAGGAACAAAAGAUGGAUAGAAUGGGGGAUUGGGUGAAAGGAAAUACAAUUUAUAGCAUCCAAAUAGUGUUUUAGAUAUGCACUUUUGAAAAAACAGCAAAAACCUAUUAUAGUAGAGGAAAAUUAUAUUGUAGUAGGUAGUUUUGAUCAAUUUUUGAUUGUUUGGUGGCUAAAAAAGAAAACAUAACAUAAAAUAAGAUCAGAAAUAACAUAUAAUUGUUACUUUAUUUCACACGACAUCAAAAUGGCAAUUAUUUGCUGAAGAACACAAGAUAUAUUGCGCUCACAGUAAUAUAAUCAUGAUUACUGUAACUUUUAGACGAGCUUUUGGUGGAGAAGGAAAGGGUACGCAAUUUGACUGCUGAGAUUGAACAGACUGUUCAAGAGAUCCAGGGUUCUUAACUGUUCGUAUUACUGUCCAUGUCCAUGUUUUACUUAGUAAUUGUAAGUUGAAGGUAGUGACCUUCUCUUACUGUCGGUGUGAAAACUUUCUUUACAACUUUUGUGUGGUUAAUAGAUUGUCGAUGAAUUAGAGUAACGUUUGAAAUGUGUGAUAUAACAUUUUAAAUCUAAUAACAAUGUGAAAGUUACCGUAAAUUUGAAAAAAUGGCUGAAAAGUGAAAAAAGGUGGAUUUUUAGCCGAAAACUAGCUAAAACAAGGUCAUAUUGUCCAUUUUUUGAUGACAACAACCCUUAAAAGGUAGAAUAAAGACUCACCAACAAUAUACGAACCCAACAACCCCAUACUAACAUAUGCCGUUGACCUAACGUAUGUUUUAGACGAGAAGGAAGACGUUCAGUCCAAGUCGAAACAGCUUCAGGACGAGUUGGAUCGGCUGGUGAACGAACUGAACCUGGUUUGAGCGUGUGCUCUGUGUGACGAGAUAUUAUGAUCUGUGUGACAAUAUAUCAUUACCGUGUCAUAUCUUACUGUGUGACGCGAUGUGUUCUUACAUUUACUUUACAUUUUACUUUGUGUCAUGCAAUAUCAACUAAUCACUGUCAGACCAAUGGCUGGGGGUGACUAAAGUAAUGUUAGAUACGAUUAGUGUUAGUCAUCCACGUCAUUGCGGUAAUGGUUGUUGUGUACUAUUGUGUUGUAUACCACUAUGUGGUUAUACUACUACGUGGUAUAUUACUAUGUGGUACACCUCUUACUACUACUGUUUGUUCUAAUCUUAAAUAUAUUGUACUAGAUAGAUCCAUUAGUUUUUUGCUGCCUUCUCUAUGAUAAAAAUAAGAAAGAACUAAUGGUUUACCUAGUACCACUUUGUGUAGAUUUCAAUUUAUGUAUUUUAUGUAAAAUGUACCAAAAGUUUUGUCGCUUUUCAAAAUUUUUGUUUAUGCUAUUUUUAAAAGAUUUUUUUGGCAAUUCUGAAAAGACAAAACUUUUGGUACUCUUUUUGGUAUCUGUGGUACCUGUAUUUCACGUGGCACCAACCUGGUACCACUUUUGACGGUCCUUUUCCGGUUGUAUGUAUAACAGAAUCUUGCUGUGAAAUGUAUAAUAAAAGUUUUUAUGUAAAAACUUUGUUUCCAUUAAAAUAUUUUUUCGAAUUUCAUAAAUUUCUGAAAAGAGUAAUACCCCACCCAAUAUAUUUACCAUAACAACUACUAUACCUACUUUAACCUCAUGAAAACCAUCAAAAACCACGAUAUUAUCAUGAAUAUUUAGACGAAUUGGUCCACGAGAAGGAACGUUACAAGAGCAUCUCCGAGGAGUUGGACCAGACCUUCCAAGAACUCUCCGGCUACUAA